UUCAGUCAGUCAGGUAGCGACCAAAAAUACUUACGUGUCGUGCAGUUUUUUUGGUAAUCUUGGCCCAAAAUUAACAGUUAUCUUUUUAUUUGUGAAUAAACAGUACUUAACCUGACAUUAUCAUGGCAAGUAGUGAUAAUUCAGCAGAACUCCAGGCAGAAACGAAAACUCCACCAGCAUCUUCAUCGUAUGCUACUGCAACUCCACAACUUGAAACAGGAGUUACUCAAAGUGGGAACAUCCGAGAGCUCUGCAAACUAACAAAAGACUUAGUAUUACAGCCAUCAACCCCUAAACCGAUCCAAGGGGAAAAUGUACCUGAUACUUCUUCUAACCCAUUGUUUACAAACGCAAGCCAAAAUAACAAUGAAGUGCUGAAAAUGUUAAGUCAAGUUGCCGAUAAGGUAACUGAAAACACUACGCCAAAAACUACGAAGAAAAAGAAUGCAAAGAAAAAGAAAGAACGGCUGAAAAAACUGCAAAUUACACAACAGAAUGUUACACCACAGCAAUCGCAGACAGCGCCACCAAGUAAUGCUUCGGUUCAAGAAUUAUUUACUAGACAGAUAGCCCCUAUGUAUCAACCGAGCCCAUCAUACUACCUGGAGAAUUUAAGUUAUCAUCCUCACUUUCAGUACAUGUAUCAACAACAACCUCAUAAUGCGGCAAGUGUUCCUAGCUCACCUCUGGCUCAGCUACCUCUGUUCAAUGCUCAUCACCCUGACAUGAGACAGGCAGACCCUAGUACUCCAAGAUAUUUGCAAAAUGUCAUGCAACACCCUUUGCUCAAUAAAUCAUACUCGCUUGACAGUUACCAACAACAGCAACAGCAGCAGCUACAGAGGCAAAGCGUGGGAAAUGUUACUCCAAACUCCAAUUCCAGACACACACCAAAGUCUGACAACAAACGCAGGACUAGAACAAAAACCAAAGAGAACAACCAGAAUGGUGAUAAAAGGUUUGGACUUUACAUGCCUCUUAGUGAAGUGGAAAUAGGCCUAAAGAGCAAACAAUUAAUUGAAGGAGUUGUGAGGAUUAAUCCUAAACAGUUCACACAUGCUUAUGUAUCAAGUAAGGAUAGAGAUGAGCAAGACAUUCUUAUAGAGGGGAUCAAAGAUAGAAACAGGGCUUUGGAAGGUGACAUUGUGGUUGUAGAAAUUAUCACAGACAGCAGCAGUGAUGAAACUGAUGCAGAAAGCAAGAACAAUGAUGCAGUUAAUGAAAUGAAUGAAUCUGGAGAUGUGCCCUUCGAUGAUGUCAGCAAAAAUGCUGAAAUAGAUGGUAAUGAUACUCAGACAAGUUUUGAGGAUGUAAAUGAUGAUGAUGAGGAUGCCAAAACUAAUACUGAUAUGACACCCAAACCAGACAAAAAACAGAAGAGAGGAAAAGUUGUGUAUUUAAAAGAAAAAGUGCACAACCGCACAUGUAUUGGAGUAUUGAAACUUAUGCCAGAUAAAAAUAGACAAAAGGCCUUAUUUGUGCCUCGCGAUCACAGGAUACCACGCCUCAAUAUUCCCUUUACAAGUUGGCCUGAUAAUUUUUACAAAGAGGCUAAAAGCUAUGAAAAUACUUUGUUUUUAGCCAAGAUAAUGGACUGGUUUGAUUCCAGAUUUGCUAAUGGGAAAAUUAUAAAAAAUAUUGGCCAAUCUGGGGACAUCGUGACAGAAACAACAGCUAUUUUGGCACAAAAUGACUUGGAUGUAACUCCAUUCGGGCAGAAAUAUAGCCACUUGUACCCGAGACUUGACUAUGUUAUACCACAAGAUGAAAUAAAGUUGAGAGAGGACUGCCGAAAUCUCUGCAUUUUCAGCAUAGAUCCAUCAAAUUGCCGUGAUAUUGACGAUGCUGUGUCUUGUAGAAAACUUGACAAUGGGAAUUAUGAGAUUGGUGUACACAUAUCUGAUGUAUCCCAUUUUUUGACUGAAGGCACAGAGCUGGAUGAGAAAGUAUCAGAAAAAGCCACAACCAUUUAUUUAGUAGAAAAAGCUUACCACAUGCUACCAGAUGAGCUGUGUAUGCUUUGCUCCCUGUUUCCAGGGGUUGACAAGUUAGCUUUUUCCGUUUUUUGGGAAAUAACUGACAAUGCUGAAGUUCUUAGUCAUAGAUUUGCUAAAACUGUGAUUCAUUCCUGUAGUCAAUUGGCCUAUGAACAUGCUCAAGCUAUACUUGAAGAUGAUGAGGACGAAUCUGAUUUUCCAGAGAUAUACAAUGGCUUCCAGUAUAAAGAUAUAAGAGAUACAAUUAAAAUAUUAGGCAAAAUUGGUGCCAAAUUCAGGCGAGGGAGUUUUGAAAAUGGUGCUCUACGUAUUGAUCAACCAAAGGUUGCUUUUCAUUUACACCCAUUUAAUGGGUUGCCUAAAUCAUUUUGGAUUUAUGAAUCCAAAGAGAGUCAUCAGCUUAUUGAAGAGUUCAUGUUACUUGCUAACAUGACUGUUGCUGAGAGAAUAUACAAGGAUCAUCCGCAGCUAGCAUUUUUAAGGUGUCAUCCUCCUCCAAGUGGAUACAUGAUGAAACAGUUAGCUAAAGCAUUGAAGCCGAUGGGAAUUGAUUUGGAAAUUGAUUCAGCGGGGAGUCUGCAGCGCUCAAUAUUGCCAUAUGUAGGUCCGGAGAAUGAAGAUAGAGGCAGAGCUAUGGUGCUGAGCAUGCUUUGUGCCAAGCCUAUGGCGAGAGCAAAGUACUUUUGCGCUGAUGGGGUUGAUGAUGAUGAUUUUCACCACUAUGCUCUGAAUGUACCUCUCUAUACCCAUUUCACUAGCCCUAUUCGGCGAUACGCAGACAUCAUGGUGCACAGACUACUAACAGCCAGUCUCAAAAACAGUGGUUCUCCAGAAUGGGAAGUGGAUAAAGUCCGUAUGAUAGCAGCUCAGUGCAACAAACAGAAAUACAAUGCCAAGAAGGCCGGGGAGAUGUCCACUGAGCUGUACACGCUCAAGUACAUUGAGAUGCACUCGCCCAUGGUGACGGAAGGGGUCGUGGUGGAGGUUCGGGAGAAGUACAUAGAUGUCAUCAUUGUCGCUAUGGGGCUUAACAGGAGAGUUUACUUUAAUCCUGACUUCCCAGGCGAUUUCAAGUGCGUGAAAAACGACGCUGGCGCCAAACUGUCUCGAAUGGAAGUUCUGUGGCACAACGGUAAAGACGCGCCCCCAGACGCGCCUCAGAUCAAACAAGUCAUAGAAGUAUUCUCCAUAGUCCAGAUAGAAAUGCACAAAGGCAAUGAGAUGGUCAAGGUUGAAACGAGGCUUGUCAAACCGGAAGUUAGUGUGGAAAAUUGAUUUUCUAAAUCAUAUGUAGCAAAGCUGCCAGGUU